AUGAAGUCAUUCGACAUGACGGAAUUUGGAGGAUUUUCCCUCGUUCAUCGCAAAUACAUCCGCGCUCUUGAAAGGAACGUUGUUCUUCUGAGCGCUGAGCUUGACACUUAUCUCAUCGACGAGAACGACCAUGCACCGGACAUCGCCGGUCCAUCAGAAGUCCAAAUUCCUGAGGAUGCCGAGCGAGGCACAAUCGUCGCACGAUUCACUGUCACCGAUCGUGAUGCCGGUGAUCAUGCAAGGAAAAAAAUCAGCAACAUGCGAACAAAACAGUACAUGGGAGAGAAUGAGUUGCAAAAUUGGCGCGUUUUUUCCGCCUGCGACACGUUCAAACUUAACACGUUAGUGGAUGCAUAA